GUAGAUCUGGAUCGAUUUCUAAAAUCUGCGAGGGAGGAGAAAACCCGCUCCUUUCGCCACGCUCUGGAUCCACCAGGUGAAGAUGCGGGCGCGGAUUUGGAGCGGCCCAACGCCCAACCGACGUGAACGGAAACGGAAGGACGCUCUUCCCGUGAGCCUCUAGCAGUCUCCCUCCCGGCCCUCCCGUCUCCCGUGCACGAUUCCCGCGCUUCUCCCUUCUGCAAGCGACAGCAUGGCUGCUCCCGCUCAGCUGUCAGAUCCGGCCGUGCGCCAACUGCUGCUGUCCCUCCUCGGAGGACGUGAGGCAGCUGGAUACGGCAACGGCCAAAUGCCUCCUCCCGUGGAAGCGCCUUCAACGGAGGAAGUCCAGGUAGCCCCCAAGAAAACAAAGAACGCUGGCUAUGCUGAGUGGACAAGUGGCGAAACGAAGCUGCUGCUUGAUUACUACGAACGUUACUUUCCCCAAAUUGGACCACUAAAAAAAUUUAAAAACAAAAAAUGUGUAUUUAUUAGAAUCUCUGAAGACCUACAGACCAUACUUAAAUCACAAAAAACGCCAGAGCAGUGUAAUACAAGACUGAAAACGAUACAAAAGCGGAAGCGACAAGCAGUCAACUACAACGGCCGUUCAGGUGUGGGACCUGUCGACGUUCCUUAUGAGGAUGAACUGGAUAGAAUCAGCAUGAUGGAUGACAGUAUCGAGCCGGAGGUCAUCAGGGACGUGCAUGGGGCAACGCACAAGAAGGCUAUGCCAAGCAGUCAAGCGAGGGCGGCCGCAGCAGCUGCCGCAGAAGCAGCUGCAGCAGAAGCAGCUGCAGCAGAAGCAAUACCAACACCAGCCGACAGUGCCGUAGCCAGCACAUCCUCUACAAGCUCAGAGGAGUCGUCCCAACCAGCCAGCAGUGCAGGCACCCCUCAUCGUUCAGGAAGGGUGAACUCUGCACGCAUGGAGCAUAUGAAGGAGUUCUUCACUGAGAUGGCGAAGCUUGAGGAAGCAAGAGCAGUACGAAAAGCACGACAGGACGAGUUGAAGGAAGAAAGGCAUGCAGCCAAAAGGAUGAUAAAGGAAGAGAAGUGUGCAGCCAAAAGGAAGCUAAAGGAAGAGAUGCGGCUGGAACGACAAGAAAUGCACCGAGAGAAAAUGCGGCUUCUCGCCAUGCUUGUGACCCAGCCUGAGACGAAACAGGAUUGAAAGAAUUUUUUUACAAUAGCUGUAUUCUUGACAUGAGUGCAAUAAAUUCAUAAUUUGCAAGUGGGCCUUCCUUCUAAUCUGAAGUGGAUACUUCAAAAGAUGGUUAGGUAAACUUACCUUAAAAAGUAUUCGAGCAUACAAAUUCUAUGAUCAUGGCAACGGCAGCUUAAAUACUGCGAAUAAAACACAACGAAAAGAGAG